AUGAAGGAGGAGGUGGAGGUUGAGAUAAAUGUGAAGGUGAAGGUCGAAAUAAAGGUGGACAAGGUGGAGGCUGAGAUGAAGGAGGAGAUAGAGAUGGAGGUUGAGAUAGAUGUGAAGGUGAAGGUCGAAAUAGAGGUGGACAAGGUUGAGGCUGAGUUGAAGGAGGAGGUGGAGGUUGAGAUAGAUGUGAAGGUGAAGGUCGAAAUAAAAGUGGACAAGGUCGAGGUUGACAUAAAGGAGGAGGUGGAGGUUGAGAUAGAUGUGAAGGUGAAGGUCGGGGUGAACAAGGUGGAGGUUGAGAUGAAGGAGGAGGUGGAGGUUGAGAUAGAUGGGAAGGUGAAGGUGGAGGUGGAGGUUGAGAUGAAGGUGGAGGUCGAGAUAAAUUUGGAAAUGGAGGUCGAAAUGGUGAUCGAAAUGAAGGUAGAGGCCGAGUUAUUUGCUUGGAAUAAGUUUCAAGCUCAGUUAUGGGCUUCCAUAUGGGUUCAGGAAGAGUUCUCAAAGCUAUUGGGAGAAGACAUUCCAUAA